AUGCGGAGUGGCGGCCGGACGGAGGCACGGCACAGCCACGCGGCUGGUUCCGUCGGUCCGUCGUCUUUUUUCCCCGCCACGACACUUCACGCGGACGGCACACGGCCCAAGUUUUUCUCCUAUUUUUUCUCUUUGUCCAAGCCUCUCGAUGAGGUUGUCUGGUCCGCCCCGCAUCGUUUCAUACCCCCAUUUUUGUCAGCGUAUUUCACGCUUCGAAAACCGGUCAAAACGGCUUGAAGGCUCAUGAUCGCCAGUAAAAAAAAUUUGAGGUAUGAGAGCGUUUGCUUCCGAAUUCAGCUCCUACCUGAAAUCGCAUGAAAAUCUGUUUUUGGAUCAAUUAUCUUACUUGCUUCGUGUGAAUAAAAGGUUCAAUUAAACGCUUAAAUAGAUAAACAUUUUCGUCAAAGCACUUUCCAAGCGUUGUUCGUACUUUUGAUAGUCAGAAAAACAGUCAGCGUAGCUCUGUGGUUGAGGUUUUUUUCUAUAGCAAAACUCUUUGGUUCAAUCCCUCUUCAGGUUGAACAAAAAAUUGAUAGAAUCGAAAUUUCAUGAUCGAUAUUUCAAAAAACUCUGCUUCCUUUCUUCUGAAUAAAAGCUAGAAUAAAAAGCUCAACACCGCCUUUUAGGAUGACGUGAACUUCGGCCCUUUUUUUUCUAAAUUCUAAGUCACUAAAAUUGUUUCAUUUAUAGUAUAGAAACUUCUGAAUAUCAACCUAGUUCAAAAGCUUUGAAUUGCCCGACGCGUAAAAAUGGACUUCAGAACCCGAUUUCAGCCGUAACAGGACCGCAACGCUCUGAGCCGCCAAAAAUUCUUCAGCCGCGGAAAUUCAAGUGCACAAGAUCAACGAAAAUCAAAAAAGACCAUUUUUCGAUCUUUUCUCCACCUAAAUGUUUACAAGGCCAGAAAAAAGUGGGCAAGACCAGACUAAAUUCAGAUCAAGCUCGGGAUUUUGCGAAUCAUCGUCCAAGAUGUGGAGUGGGACACAGAAUUGGAAAACUCUUCGGGAGAAAAAGCAAAUUCAAUCUGAGAUAUUGUUGAUAAAGGAUGAAACAGAAAUAAUUGAGGAGAAAUUUCAAGAAAUUCCAAAACUUAUAUUUCACUUCUAACAUGGCGUGAAUCACUUCAGGACGGGCCAGAAAGUUGUAAUUUUUCAAUAGGUACCUUUACCAAAAGAUCGACUUUUUUCAAAAUUCAAUAGUUGAAAAAUGGCUCCAAACUUGGAAAAAAAAGUUCAAAGAAGGGAGCACAAAUCAAGCUCUUUUGAUUGAUCUCCAUCUCACCAGGGAAUAUUCUCAGCUCACAGUGGGAUUUCUGAAUGAAACCAUGUUUUCCAGAUGUAGUUUUUCAUGCUGAUUCCAAUUCCGGUCUUAAAAGCUGUCACACAGGUCUGUGAAAAAAGUUAUAAACCCUCAAAAGUUGUGAUCAAAGGGACAGGAUCUACACACCCUCCCGAUAGGAGACUAUGAGAUUUUCGACUUUUGAGGGUCAAAAACUUUCACAGGCUUGUAUGGCAACUUUAAAGACCGGAUUUGGAAUCAGCAUUAAAAACUACAUCUAGUAAACUUAUUCUCAUUCAGAAGUCCCACUGUGAGCUGAGACCAUUCCCUGGUCAAAAAAGAUUUUUUUCAAAAAAAGUAUAUAUAGAAAUAAAUGAUAUUUAAAUCCAAAUUUAUUUUUUUUGACUGAUUACUACCAAGCAUUGACAAGAUAUCUGCUUUCGAAAAAAUCAAGUAUAAAAAAGUUAUUUAAACUCAAAACUUUUUCUGCAUAAUCCAUGCGCGGUACUGUUCAUCGAUCAACAGGGAAAAAAACCAAGAAGUGCAAGAAAAGCCAGAUAAAAGGACUAAUUAUCGGGUCAAAAGAGCGGGAAUACAAACAUUUGACACAACACACACAACAGAAAAGAGGCACGAGAAGAAAAAAUGGCCGAACAAAGCGGGUCCAGCGGCCCUGGUAAUCGUCGUGUCGUCCAGAGGGGGAAAAAACGACAAAAAGCUUAGACGAAAAGAAGCUAAGUUGUGAAAUUCGAGCUUGCUCACCGACGGUCAGCCACACACAUUUCGACACUAAUCGUUUAUUCUUAUUUGAGAAUCGAGAACCAAUUUAAUAAAACUCAUAACUGCAUAUAAGAACAGUUCUGAUAGGCAGAUAUCAUGCUGGAAGUUUACUUUGACAUUUUUUGAAGUUUUUUUUCUCCCUAUACGCCUGUUUCCGAAAAAGACGUUUCUUAGCUUGCCUCACAAAAUAUUUAAGAAAUCAAAAAUCAAACGAAAUUCUGGAUUCAAACCUAAAACUUCAAAGUGCAUAUCAACAACUACUCAACAAGUUAUCCAGACUAAAAAAUUGGAAAUCCAAAAAAAUUUUUUGAAAGAAAAAAACGUAAAAAUGGCCUUUUUUUCUAAGUGGGAUAAGAGGUACAAAAAAAUCGGCAUUUCUAAAAAAAUAUAGUAUUUCAAAUUUAACAAACUGUGGGUAGAAACACUUUUAAAGCUUCCACAGCCAUUUUUUUGAACAGGGGCUUUUGAAAAAAAUCAGAUAAAAAUCAGAGGCGUCUCUUUCAGGCAUUGAGAGCCCUUUCUUUUGAUUUGAUGUACUUUGAGACAGAAAAAAACUGAAUCAAAAAAAUUUAAAUUUUCGAUUUAUUUUGUGCAUAAAUGUCAAAUUUGAUCACAGGUAGUUUAUUCUUGCCAAAAAAAUUUUGAAAAAGUAGCGGUUUUUUUCCAAAAUUUGUUUGUUUUAGCUUAUUAAUUGAUAGAAGAGAAAAAAAACAACUCCAUCAUCAAAAAAAUUUAUUCAAUGAAAAGGCCACAAAAAUUACCAGUAAAACAACCGGAAAAAUCAAGAAAUACCAAAAAAAGACAAAAAAUCUCAUAAAAAUCUCAUAAAAAAAUCACACCAGCGGAAAAGCUGUUCUGGCUUGAAAUCCACACUUGUAUUUCUUUUAACUAUCUAAUAUUUUAUGCACCUUCUCUCAGAAAGAGAUACAGAUAAAAAGGCCAAGCUGAAAUGGAAAAAGUGCUAAAAACCGAACGAAAACCUCUUCAUGGCUUAAAUGGAGUACUGUAAAUUCAAGUGGGCAACUUUUUCCAAGGUGAGGAAAAUGCCGAGUAAUGAGAAGAAGUCAAAGUUGGCAGCAGGAAAAAAAAAGUUGAUCAAAAAACGGUGCUCAAAAAUACAGAUAGCGAUUUGAGGUGCUAAAAAAAUCUAACCAAGAAAAAGUGAGAAAAAAAAUCGAAAUUUUGAGCAGAAAAAACAAUUCUGUAUUAUUAUUCGUAUUGAAUAAAUGAUGAUGAUGAUGAUGAUUUUAUCGCUUCAGGCUUUUGGAAUGGUUUCCAAUUAUUUAAAGACAUUGCCUGUAGUGUCUUUACAUAACUGAAAUAUUUCGCAACCAUCCUCAAAAUAUGGAAAAAAAAGUUGAGAAAUACUGUCGGGUGAUCUAAACCAAUCAAGGCUUCAAACAAAGUUACUAUACAGACACUGUCAAAUUUUUUUCAAGGAAAAAUCCGAUACAGAAAAAAUGAAAAAGAGUCAAAGUUGGCAAUAUGAAGAAACAAAAUGAUCGAAAAGCGGAGCUCAAAACGACAGGCGGCGGAUUUAGGUGCUGCUGGUGACCGGCGGCCGCGGCCUGGUCCGACGGUCCGACGAGAGACCGUUCGGGGGCCGGAGACGCCGACCGUCGACGCUCAUUUCGGUGUUGACACAACCGACGCCGGCGGCCGGGUAUUUCGGGAUUCCGGCUCCACUAGCAGCAGCAGCAGCAGCAGAACUUCCUCUCCGCCCCCAUUUCGGUCCUAGUGUAUCCGGCCGCGCCGACACAACCUAA